AUGAGAAUUUCAUCUUUUCUUGGAGCCGUUGGCUUUUUACACCAGCUACAUUCCUCAGCUGCACAGACCUUGAAUAUCGUCGCACACCAAGAUGACGAUCUACUAUUCACCAGUCCCGAUCUCCUACACGCUAUUCAGGCUAGUCGCAAAGUCCGCACGGUAUUCCUAACUGCAGGCGAUGCAGGGGAGACCUCCACGGGCUACUGGGAGCAGCGUCAGGCAGGCUCCCAAGCCGCGUACGCGCAGAUGGCGAAUGUAGAUAAUGCCUGGACGCAAUCAGACGCUGGCAUUCAUGGCAAAAAUAUACCUCUUUUUACACUCAAUGGCAAUCCAGACAUAUCUCUGGCCUUUCUGCAAUUACCCGACGGUAACCUUGGCGGAAAUGGCUUCCCGAAUACUGGAAGUGCCAGCCUUCAGAAACUCUGGCAAUCAGAAAUCAGCAGCAUCCAGGCAGUGAACGGAUCGACCAGCUACACGAGUGACGAGCUUCUCAACGCGCUUGCCACUUUGAUGAGUGAUUUCCAGCCAGAUCGGGUCAAUACUCUGGACUACGUCCAUGGCUACGGGGACGGUGACCAUAGUGACCACCACACGACGGCUUAUUAUGUGCAAAAAGCAGCUGAAAGAUACACCACCGGCCAUACUUUGACUGGGUACACAGGAUACCCGAUCCAGUCGAUGGCUCAGAACGUGUUGGAUGAUGACCUCAAGGCCAAGCAAUCUGCUUUCUUCACGUACGCCGCGCACGAUUCCAAGGUUUGCCAUGACUUGGCCAGCUGCGGUAAUGGGAAUGAGGCGCAAUGGCUACAACGACAGUAUGCUGUCACGGGAGAGCCAGUAGCCAAUGCUAGAACUCUUACCGCUCGUCGGGCCGUUGAACCAGAGGAGAGGGUCGUGCUUGAUGGCGGUGGCCAGACGGCAGAUAAGGCUAUUGACGGAAUGGUAGACGGCUAUCCCGGACUGAUAGUGAGAGAAUGGGCAACUGUGGGUGGUAAAGCUGGGAGCAUUUUAACGCUUACAUGGAACAAUCCGCAAAUAAUUUCCGAGAUUUACCUGUGCGAUCGUCCCAAUGUCAAUGAUCAAGUCACUGGUGGCUCUCUCCGGUUUGACAACGGAAGCAGUGUCCCAGUUAAUGUACUGGACAACUAUGGGAGCCCCUAA